AUGGCGAUAAUAGUGAAAAUUCCCCAGUCGCAAAUAAAAUCAGCAGCAGCAAUAACCGCAGAACCCGAAAAAGUCCCAGCGUCUCGAGGACUGCCAAGAGUGCUACACUGGUAUGGAAAGCUGCUCCCAGCGCUCACAGGUGUUGAGAUAGUUGAUAGACUGGCUGUAAUAGUAUCUUUUCAAGGCAAGGAAAAAUUGUUAGGAGUACCAGAAGUUCCAUUUUCUUCGGGAGAAGAGCAAGCCAGGUUUACCAGGCAGUGGAUAAGUGAGGUGCUAUGCAAUUCCGGAGGACUAAAAGAAAUACCAGUAAAACUAUUACCGCCAUCCAUCGAACAUUUAUCUUUAACGAGAAACCACUUCCCCGUCAUUAAGAGUGACUCGUUCGCCGGUCUGAGAUACUUAAGGAAGCUUUCCCUCGAUGGCAACAACAUAUCCAUUAUUAAGCCGUUUGCUUUCAGAGGACUACCAAGACUGCGCGAGCUUUCCAUACAACAAACCCCCUUGGACACGGUGGCCCAAUUUGCUUUUGCGGGACUUCAAAACAUAACAUCGAUAUAUCUGAGCCACAAUAAAAUACGAAAAGUUGAAGCAUACGCUUUUGCAGGGACUUCAAACUUAAAAUUGCUAGUAUUGACAAACAAUCCAAUAACAAGAAUUAAAAGUAAUGCAUUCAGUGGUCUGUCAAACGUGGAAAGACUGAAUUUUCCUUCGGGCGUAAGAAUAUUGGAUUCCGAUGCGUUUAACGGUUUAGAUACAGUGGGAUACCUAAAACUGGCUUUCAUGGAUUUACCCUCGUUAAAAAGCGGCACAUUUCGUGGUUUAACCAAUGUAAAAGUAUUAUCAAUACAAGAAUCGGACUUGGGAGUUAUCGAUGGAGAUGCUUUCGAUGGUAUGACUAAUAUUAAGUUCCUUAAUAUUUUAAAUAAUAAAAUUGAUGCUAUAGAGUUUCUUAAUUUUACACAAGAACAACACUUAAAGCAUGUAAAAUUUCAAGGAAAUCAUAUAUUGGAGAUUCCUAAACCUGAAACCCUAUUUAUAGAAGUUGAAAAACUUACUGUUGUAUCCAACCAUUUUCCCUGCGAUUGUAAUAUUCAUACUCUUCUACAAGGUCCAUUGACUAAUGGUAGUUUAGGAGAAUUUUUGUCCAAAAAUUACUGCAUAUCACCUUUAGAAAUAAACGGUUUACACAUGAAUGAAAUCCAUAUUGAAUCGAUUGGACAUUGUGAAGAAGAAGUGACACGUGGUAACUUGGAGGCAUCCAAAGAACUUCCAAGUGCAGCAAUAAUAUGUUUAAGUGCGAAAAGAACAUUUUUGUUAGUGAUAAUAACAAUUAACAUUUGGUUAAGUUAAUUUAUGUGAUAAAACUAUUUAGAUAAUGGACAACAACAAUUGUAAAAAUAAACAAAAUCCUCAAUAAGAGCUUAUAUUUAACUGUAAUUAAAAUCAUGUGCUUUGUCAACUUGUCAAUACCUACUUAUUUAUUUUGUAUUGUAAUUAAUUGUAGACCGG